AACCAAACAAAACAAACGCCGCCCACAAGCGCACCCAGCCGAAGAAGGCCAGGUCGUCGUCUACCAAACGGGAGAAACGAGAGAGAGGCAGCCGCAAAAAGCUUUGCUGGGGUAAAACAAUUAAAAAUUCCACCCGUCGCGUGCGACGAAGCCUCGAGGCGAGACGCCUGGCCGAGGCGGAGAGAGAGAGGGAGGAGAGAGGGGGUGUGGGUGUGACCGAGCCUCCGUGUCCGUGUGGGUGUGGGCGAGCAGCGGUUUGUUCGAAUCUCGCGAUCCCCAAAUCCGGAGGCAUCCCUCGGAUUGGCCGAUUCGGGCGCGGCGGCUGCGGCGGCGAGAGAUUCGCCCGAUCGUGGAGCUUUAGGGGUCGGAUUUGUGCUUGCGAUUUGGGGUGGGCGUUCCUGAGCUUCGUCGCGGGGAAGGCGGGCGGGGUUGGAGGGGUGUGGGGUCGGGCCGGGCGGUUUGCUUGGGUUGGGUGGAUGCUGUCGGUGAGGAGGCGGCAGGAGUAUGCCGGCGGCGCCGUGGGCGGCGGCGGCGGCAUGGAGGACGACGCCGAGCUGGAGGAAGGGGAGGCCUGCGUCGACGACGCCUUCGUCGACCCCGACGUCGCGCUCUCUUACAUUGAUGAAAAACUCCAAAACGUGCUAGGCCAUUUUCAGAAGGACUUUGAAGGAGGUGUCUCUGCAGAGAAUCUAGGAUCAAAAUUUGGUGGAUAUGGUUCAUUUUUGCCUACAUACCAGCGUUCUCCUCUUCUACCCCAAACCAGAAGCCCACCUAAGGCCGCAAACCGUAGCUCAAGAUCUCCUUAUCAUCAGUCUACUGAGGGUGUGUCUCAGAACCCUCCUGCUGUGCCAGUUCCAUCUGUUUCCCAAAAUAAUGCUUCUGUGGUGCCUUUUCCCGGCGAUUCAAGUAAACAUGAAAGAUGUGAAAGCACAAAAGCUAUAAGGGGAUCUAGCACUCGUGAUUCAUAUGCUCCAUCUAAGAGUAGCGACCACAAUAGGUUUAAAGUUCGAAUAAAAGUUGGUUCUGACAAUGUCUUGGCAAGAAAUAAUGCAGCUAUUUACAGUGGUUUGGGCCUUGAUAUUUCUUCACCUUCAUCCGGGGAGGAUAGCCCUGAUGGCUGCGGGGGCCUCUCCCCGGAAUUUAAUAAUGUGCAAAAUGAAUCUCCCCGGACCAUACUUCAGAUCAUGACAUGCUUUUCAAUUCCUGGAGGGUUCUUGUUAUCCCCUCUGCAAGGAAGUGUUUUGCAAUUGACAAAAAAGGUUAUGCCUUCAUCAAAGAAAUGGGAAACAAGUGUGGAUGCAGAAAACGCACAGGAAGCUUAUGAAGGACAUGUGGUUAAGAAAAUGAAACCUGAUAGUAAGAAAAAGAAACCCGUAGAUAUGAAGAGGUCAAAUAACAAAAAUGAUGUCAGUGCAGUUAUGAAAAAGGAGAUUGACAUAGAAACACCUGCUGGUCAAAAGAUCGUAUCAGAAGCUCUCAACAUACAAUUGCUGUCUGGUUCCAGAGGCAUUGAGGCAAAAAGCGAGAGUCAAUUUGAAGAGGAACCAACAGGAAAAACUUUGGAAAGAAAUGAAGAUGCCGGAUCAAAAGAAUGGGCCAUAAACAACAAUGUCAUCAACACUGAAACUGUCGAAAUGGAGGCAACCGAAUGUUUAGGAAGUGGUUUUGGCAACACAGAAAUGGAACUUUCGGCAGCAAAGAGGGAACCAAAGACAGAAAUGACGGCUUCGGUUUUUGAAGAGACAAAUAGAACUAAUGACACAGAUUUUCUGUUGGAUAGGAAGCAUGGAAGAAAGAUAAAACUUGAGAGUAAAUGCAAUGCCAAUGGAGUUAACUUUGAAGAUAACACGGUUAUAAAUGAAAGAGGUCCUCCUGUUUGCAUGGAAAAGGUUUCUAGCAAAGAAACCAUACUUUGUGAUACAAAUGGGAAAAAUAGCACCAAGAGUGAGGCCAAAAGAAUACAUAGGGAACAAAAGAAGACUGCUUCAACAUCAUCUGAUUUCCUCGAUGUCGACAAUGGUAGUCAUCCUUCUGCUGCAGUUAAAGAGAGGAAAAAUGAUUCUCAGUCCAAAUCUAGCCAAUCCGGGAAGAAACCCAAAACAAAAUCACAUGGAGAUGCCAGGGACAAUUUUCCUGACCGAUCUCAUGGAUGCAAGGAGCAGGAUAUAUUGGAGAAUGGUAGUGGAUUGGGAGAGUUCCAUCUAAAGGAAAAAUCUUGGAGCAAAAGGGAUCCUGAUAUGCCUGGGGCACCAAAGAGGGAGAUCUCAUAUAGUUCAAAACAUGAGAGACAUACAGCUUCAGAGGAGCAGAGGAUGCAUGUACCUCCAUCUUCUGCAUCAACUGCAAAUGCAGCUCCUGCACUUCAACCAGCUCCUGCACUUCAACCCCCAGUUGUGAUAGAGGAACAUUGGGUACAAUGUGACAUAUGCCAGAAAUGGCGUCUCCUACCAUAUGAGAUGAAUCCUACUACUCUUCCAAAGGAGUGGAAAUGUAGCAUGCAACAGUGGCUACCUGGGAUGAAUAGGUGCGACGUUGGUGAGGAUGAGACUACAAAUGCCCUGAAUGCACUAUAUGUCAUCCCAGCUCCUGCCAACGGUAUUCCCUCAGUUGGUCAUCCUCAUGCUGCUUCUGCAGGACUAACAUCAGCCAGCAUGUUAAAUAUGAAUGGACAUGCUGAACAUAGUAGGAAAAGGAAAAGUUUUCCAAGUGAUGGAAAUGGUUUGCUUGACGGCUCUCACCCAACACAAGCUUCAGCUUAUCCAACGAGCAAUGAACAUGCUCUUACUAGAGUUAGAAGUACUGCUGAUGGUAACCAUUAUCCUACUGAGAGAGACUCUUUGAGCAAAUCAGUUGACCUUUUCACUGAAAAGAAGAAGUCCAAGAGCAAGAGUCGUGGCAGCUAUUCUGAUGGAGGAGAACUUGUGGAAAGAUCCAAGAAGCAUUCAAAAGUAAAAGGCAAGAGAGAGAUGGAUCAUGGUGAAUACAAAAUUUCUAAGAAAAUUAAAAAGGAGGAGCGGCAUCGUUCUGGCAGAGAUCGGAACCCUGGGUGUGAUUUAGCUAGUGGAGACGUUCCGAUUGAGGCCAAACCUUUGCUUGCAAAUUCAGUGACCUUAAAAAGUUUGGGCGAAAAGGGUGAUGUUUCUUCAUCAAAGCAAAAAAAUGUUUCGAGGUAUGAUCGUUCUGAUAAAUCCAAGAGAGAAAAUGAUGAAGAUAUUGUUCUUCCUGAAGACAGGAACAAGGAACAAUUUCAGACCUCAGAUGCACAAAGAUCAGAUUUUUCUAGCAAGAAGAGGAUAGUGAAGGAAUGGGAGGAGAGUCAGCACAAUUCAAUAGCUCAGUUGAGCAAAGGAACUGUAGUGAACCAUAGCUCUGCUGCCAAGGAAACCUAUAAAGAUCAGAACUUAAAGGAAACAAAGUCAAAGUUAACGAAGUCUGAAGAAUUCUAUCCCACGAUAGAUUCCAAAUCAGUAAAAGGUCAGGAUUCCAAACAGAUAUCGUCUCAUAAUGGGGGGAGUGUAAACAAUGGACCCAUUGAGGAUAGCGCACGUUUUGCUGGUAAAAGAGGUCCGCCCGAACCAUCAGAAAAGCGAUCUUCUGGACAGGCUUUGGACUUGGCUGAACCUGCUUCUACUGAUGUGGCCUACUUCCAGACUACAGCUGUAACUUCAAGUUCUUCAAAGGCCUCAGCCUCGCAGAAAAAGAAACAGAACCCCCAAGUUGCAAAGACUUCGCCAAUUGAGUUGGCUUCCUCAUCACCACUGAGAAACACUCUCAUUGAUAAGGUCUCCCAUAGCAGAAUAUUGGAGAAAGAUGGACCCAUGAAUGCUAAUUCAAGCACCCUGCCGAGCUCAGUAAAGUAUCUAAAUACUGAAGUUGACAUAGUAGACAAUGUCCGGCAGGCUAAAAAGCCCCAGGAUAAUCUGCUUGCAACCGAACCUGUCUUGCAUGGUUCUUCACUAGGAAAUUCUGAUAAAGAUUCUGAACUUGUUCAGUUAACUCGAGGUCAUGCAUCAGAACGAAUUUCUUCGAGGAAGGGUUUGGAUGAUGAUACACAUCAUGCAUCAGAGAGGAAGGAUUUCACUGUGAAUGGCUCCAGCGUAGCUAGGGGUUAUAGCCACUUGCACUCUGGUGAUAAAAACAGCUUGCGCGCUGAUGGCUCUUCAGUGCAACCUAGGAUUGGAGCUUUGGAUGCUAAAGGUGAUUCGAUUGUGCAUGCAAAUAAGAAAAGUGGAACUUCCGUUCAUGACAGAAACGGAUCAACUCAUCGCCCUCCAGAUGGAAAUUCUCAACCAGAGGUCGCAUCCGGAAAGGAUAAAUUGUAUUCCAAGAGUAACAAGCAAGAUAUAGAGAAGCCCAAAGCUCAAAUGGUCCCUUCACCUCUGAUAGAAACCCACCUCACCCCAGUAAAGUCUAAUCCGUCCAAAUUGACACCACAGUCAGGGCGAUGCAAUGAUGAAAAUGGAGCACAACAUGGUGUUGCAAAACAGUCAACUCCGAAUCCUGCAGACACUUCAAGUCCAGCUAGGAAAGUUGGUAAUUCAACUGCAUAUGCUCUCAAAGAAGCUCGAGAUCUAAAGCACAAGGCUAACCGUUUGAAGAACGAAGGAAAAGAACUUGAAAGCACAAGGCUCUACUUUGAGGCGGCCUUAAAAUUUCUGCAUGUAGCGUCACUUUUGGAACCUCCGAAUAUGGAUGGUUUGAAACAAGGUGAUGCAGCUCAGAGCAUGUAUUCUGAUACUGCAAAACUCUGCAACUUUGUUGGUCAAGAAUAUGAAAGGUGUAAGAAGAUGGCCGCUGCUGCUUUAGCAUAUAAAUGUGUUGAAGUAGCUUAUCUCAAGGCUGCAUUCUACAAAUACCCUAUUGCAAGCAAGGAUCGACAGGUGCUGCAGGCAGUUGUACAAACUACACCAGGUGAAUCACCAUCAUCUUCGGCUUCAGACAUUGAUAACUUAAAUAACAAUGGAUUAUCUAAGACGGGCCCUUCAGGCAAGGAUGUUAAUUCACCCCAAGUUGCUGGGAACCAUUUGUUACUACCUGUUCGCAAUCAACCACACUUGACAAGGUUACUAGCUUAUACAAACGAUGUCAAUUGUGCCUUUGAGGCAACUCGGAAAUCACAGAUGGCAUUUGCUUCUGCUGCUGGUAACCAUGAAAAGGGAGUAGAUGGUCUUUCUCCAGUAAGAACUGUUCUGGAUUUUAACUUCCGGGGUGUGAAUGAUCUACUCAGACUUGUGCGACUUUCAAUGGAGUCUAUCAGCUGCUGACAUGUUCAGAAUCCGAGAAAAUGGCAUCCUUUAAGUAGGUCCGGUUGGAUGAGCAUAUCAUUUCCACCUCACUGCUCCCAACAUGCUGGUUGCAUUUAGUGGAGAAGUUCAAUAGUGAAAAACACAUAGAGUCCUCUCAUUUAGGUGUGUUGGUUAGUGUGUACAGGAUGUAAUUUUGAGAUUCUUCUUUUUGUUUCUUUAGUGGUGUUCCGUUCUUAUACAUGGUUGCUAGUAUCUAGUUGGAUGAUCUGAACAAUCUAGCAAGUGAGGCAGCUGAAGAUGGGCUUCAUUUGUCGACAGUUGUUAUAUUUUGGACACAGAAGGCAGGCCAUUCUUAGACUGCACAUGAUAGGCAAGUGCACAAUAUUACCUGGACAAUGGCUCCUUCCCAAGCACUCUCCUCGCCUGCAUGCUGUAAAUUACUUGGUUUGUCACUGAGCUGACUUAUGGCUGAAGAGUCUCUUGUCAAUUUUUCCUUCAAGAUGUACGAGAUAAUGUGCUGCCCAUUUAACAUUUUUGAUGGGGAGAGGACAACAAUGUCAAUCGAUCAUACUAACCAAGAUCAGCUAGUGGUGUUCCUUUUUUUGGUCUUUCCAUAAUGGCAGGUCUUCUGGAAAAAAGUUCAAGCAGGUUUCAAAGAAGUAACCACUUGGACCAUCGCCAGUGUAUGAACAUUGUACAAAUAUUUUCCAUGUACAAUAGGCUAACCCGUUUUUUUGAUUAUCAGCAAAUACUGCGAAUGUCACCAGCGCAUGUACAUGUAUAUUACCUUUGCGGUUCAGAUUCCGGCAAGUUUUUAGCUCUCGUUA